AUGGGACCUCGGAAACGGAAGGCGUUUGACAGAGAUGAAGCCGACGAAGCGGAGACAGCUGACGAAGGCUUCAUGCAGCUUCGGCAGGACCUGCAGUAUCACGCCUCCAAGUUCUCGGAGAAGCACAACUCCAAGCGGACGGCACUCAUCCAGCGCUACCGGCGUUGUUCAGCUGACUGGGCAACCUCUGGGGAAACUGCGCAGAUCCUGAAGCACGCAUUCCAUGUGGUAGCUUGGUUCGCCUUCGCAUGCGACGAGAGUGAGAUGAAGGUCGUCCAAGAGUUGGCUGAGCUCCUGAUGCAAAUGCUGAAAUCCUGCAAGCGGCAGACACCCCCGCCGCGGCUGCGGGUGGCCCUGAAGGUCGCGGCCGAAAAGCUGGAGGAUAUCCAGGAAGCGAAGCACGACUUCGCAGAAGCGGUGCUGAAGGAGGUGAAGGCGAUGCUGAAGCGUCACUAUGGUGGCUCAACACACGGCGCACCAGGAAAACGCUCCAUCGCCCCAUGUGGGACUCACGGGCGCACAGACAUUUGCUUGAUCAGGUCCGUCCUGAAGAAACGAGAAAUGCCACCGAGGUACAGGAUGGGCUGGGACGGGCUCAAAAGGGGCUGGUUCAGUGCCUUCGAGGGGAGGCACAUGAAGGGCGGGUGGGCUCCCAGCAGCCGAUUCACAGACAAAGAUGCCAUCGAGCACUUGUACGACGUCAUCACCAAGCAUGCGGAGAGCUGUGGUGGAUAA